AUGACGUUACCAGCACAUCUCACCCACCUGGCCAUAUACAACCCUACUUUAUUACCGACAGAGGCCCAGCUACAGGCUGCAGAAGACAGCGAUGACGCAUAUGAGCUGGCACAUAUCGUUUUCUAUUCGUCGCAUGAGGGGACAGUAUCGCGGGACCGGAUGCUCCGGCAGGUGGGGCUGGCGAAGGCAUUGGUCAACUUUGCGGGGAUGUUUGAGACCUCACCUUUGGACACCAAUGUGCAUUCUCAGAAGAAGCGGCUCAUCACAUUCUCUCCCGAGCAGGACUGGUGGCUCCAUGCCGCCUUUGACCUGGAACGAAUGCAGAAACCUUCGACGGACAAAGGGAAAGCAAAAGAGAAGGAGAAGAAAGAGAAAGAGAAGUCCCUCGACAAGGAAAAGAGCAGGGGUACCCCAGUGGAGGACAAGGGAGACUGGGAGUAUAAGGAUGAGUUGGAUGACGACGUGCUCAAGGCGACCUUGGUGGGGGGAUAUGAUGAGUUCAAGCUCCGUCACGGCACAUUUUCGGAUGUCCUACACGCAAAGGAUCGGCCAGACCUAGAACGAGAACUAGAACGAUUCUUCACCGUUUGGGCAUCAAAAUGGGACUUGGCAGCGCCAGCGUCACCAACGGACAAUCCCCCAGCAUUGCCCCCUCAGCCUCAACGUGCCAUCAUCCCUCCCUUGUAUGACGUUUUCACCCGCAUAGCAAAAACAACACGAGAUUUCACCCGAAUGUCAAUGUCAGCAAAAUCCGAAUAG